CGAUGAGGGCGGACAGUGGUGUGGUCCACACAGCCUGUGUCAGGAGAGGCUGAGGGUGCCGCCUCAAAGCGUGCCGACUUAUUGGGUACGUGUUGUUGCUAGGGGCGUGGGUUGUGCCGUGAAAUAUUCUAGUUUUCUCAAAACCUGAAAGAGAUUAAGACAAGAGCCGUAUCAGCUGGAUAAGAGAUGCGCCGGGAGCCGCCUGCUCCAACCUGAAGGGAAACUGUGCCGCAGUGGGCAUAAUCUGAUAAGCGCUUCUGUCCAUCCUGCGCUCCGCUCCAGGACAACGGCACGGAGGGGAGACAUAAGUACGUGCGGAUAGUUAAAGGAGCAAUGCAGAGAAGCUGAGGUCACACUUUUGGGAACUUAUUCAGAUUUUUCACCCGGAACACCUGCGAUUUAUUUGCAUCAACCAGAGUCCGGGUAGCCGAGUCUUUACAGGGGGGAUGACAGCUGCGCACUUGGUCGUCCCGUGAUGUGUCUUUGGGGGGGAUUAAUGCGCGGAACAGCCUAAACAUCCUGGCCUGUCCGCAGGAGGCCACUGAUUUAUCUGCGGAACAAAUAACAAUUUCCACACUCUAUCAUGCGCUGGAGCGGGGACAUUAUGCAAUAUGUGGAGGAAACUGUCACCGUGAGCUCAUAGGUUGAACUGGCAAUGACAUCAGGCUUAACGUGAAUAUAGCUGUGUGCUGUAUUGCAGCAAGGUGGACCGGGGCGUGAGGUGGCGGCAGGGAGCAAUGCACGCAUCCUCCGAGCUGGACAUUUUGUGGGGGAUGCUGUGUGUCCUAAACAAAUUCAAGGCAUUAUAAGGCCAUACACCCCGAGCUGGCGAACUGCGUCACUGCAUGCGAGUGUUGCAGGUAGGCAGCCAACUCUCUCCCACCACCACCACCACCACCGGGAGAGCAGCAUGCUCAUCAUCACCCCCACACAAUGUCGCUGCUAAGUGUUUAACAAGUUACUGAGGAUGGAUUCGGCGGACGAUUCAAGAAAAGAUCCGCCACUGGGAUCCACGUUUUCCUCAGCACCCAAUUUAGACUCGGACAUUAAUGCAAAUGCCCGUAGGCCUGUUUAUGAGAACGGGACAGACCACAAUGUCAACAUCCAAAACGCAGCCCUGCGAGGAGCGAGUGACCCCAGCGCGUACCCGUCCACAGACUACCAGGGGCUGAUCCGCCAGAGGUUCAUCCGGCGCAACUUGUGGGUGUCAGACUCCGAGGAGCAGCCAGUGGACACGGCGGAGUGUGUCAUCAGCAGCCCGGUGCUCACCAUAGACCUGAGGACCAUCGUCGAUCGGAGUCUGACCCGGGCUCUGCACGGAACCCGGCUGGGCCUCCGGGAGACUUCGAGCACGGAGAGCCAGGUGGGGCUGAAGGACAGCGCCACUGUGAGCGUGAGCGCCGAUGGGGAGAAGGGGGAGAGAAGCGAAACCGAGCCAAAGGCAGAGGUCGUGCCCUCGGAUGUCACAGGUAAAGCAGGAAGUGACGAGAACGAAGAGGAGCCCGGGAUGAAGGCUGUGUCCACCUCACCUGGGGGGCGCUUCCUCAAGUUUGACAUAGAGCUGGGAAGAGGGUCCUUCAAGACCGUCUAUAAAGGUCUUGACACCGACACCUGGGUCGAAGUGGCAUGGUGUGAACUCCAGGAACGGAAACUGUCCAAAGCUGAGAGACAGAGGUUCAAGGAGGAGGCAGAGAUGUUAAAGGCUCUCCAGCACCCCAACAUUGUGCGAUUUUAUGACUUCUGGGAAUCACCGGUUAAAGGGAAGAAGUGUAUUGUUCUGGUGACAGAGUUAAUGACCUCAGGGACACUAAAAACGUACCUGAAGCGUUUUAAGGUGAUGAAGCCUAAAGUUCUCAGAAGCUGGUGCAGGCAGAUUCUCAAAGGCCUCCACUUCCUCCACACAAGGACUCCUCCAAUCAUCCACAGAGACCUCAAGUGUGACAACAUCUUCAUCACUGGUCCUACAGGCUCUGUCAAAAUAGGAGACCUGGGCUUGGCAACACUGAAGAGGGCCUCCUUUGCAAAAAGUGUUAUUGGCACUCCAGAGUUCAUGGCCCCAGAGAUGUAUGAGGAGCACUAUGAUGAGGCUGUGGAUGUCUAUGCCUUUGGAAUGUGUAUGCUGGAGAUGGCCACCUCAGAAUACCCCUAUUCUGAGUGUCAAAAUGCUGCUCAGAUCUACCGCAAAGUCACCAGUGGCGUGAAACCUGCCAGCUACAGUAAAGUCAGUGACCCAGAAAUUAAGGAAAUAAUCGGGGAAUGUAUCUGUCACAGAUGGGAAGAAAGGUACUCCAUCAAGGACCUCCUGAAUCAUGCAUUCUUUGCGGAGGAUACAGGCGUGAGGGUGGAGCUCAAUGAAGAGGAUGAUGGAAAGAAAUCGUCCAUUGCUCUGAAGCUGUGGGUUGAGGAUCCUAAAAAGCUGAAGGGGAAGUACAAGGACACUGGUGCCAUUGAGUUUACCUUUGACUUAGUGAGCGAGGUCCCAGAAGUCGUUGCCCAAGAAAUGGUGGAAUCAGGUUUUUUCUUGGACUGCGAUGUGAAGAUAGUUGGGAAGUCCAUCCGGGACCGCGUGGCUCUCAUCAAAUGGAGGAGGGAGCGGACUGUCUCGCCAGGAAAUGGUGAGGCAGCUGUGAAGAAGACGCAGCAGAACCUACUGCAGGUGCCCGGUACCAGUGUACCGCAGGCAGCCACAUUAGCUACAACAGAUUAUGAGGAUCAAGAGGUGGAGCAGCAGACCCUGAUCUGCACCGUGCCAGUCACCACGUCUACCACAUCUGACAGUGGAGUGAGCUCUACCAUGCAAUUAGAUGAUCUAAACAAUCAGCAAAAUGGCCCCUACCAGUCACUUCCAGAGCCCAUUUCCACAGCUCAGAUGAUCUACAGUCCUCCUGCACAGGCUGACCCUCAACUGCACCAGGGGCCCUACCAGCAACCCACAGCACAGGCCUCACAUGAAAACUACACUCAAGCAUCCACUCAAUUACACCAGGGACCCUACCAGCAAACCACAGGUCAGCUGCAUCCUGGGGCCUAUCAGCAGCCUGCUGCACAACUGCACCAGGGGCCUUAUCAGUCUCAAACACGUCACUACAGUGAUCCCUUUGUAUGCCAUGACAACCUGCUCAGCACUGAGAGCACAGUGUGUUUUAGGCGUGGAAGCACCUCCUUGGUGGAGAUGUUACGGUGUAGGACACACUGUCUCACUAAGACAAUGAAUCCAAGCUCCUGUCUGUGUCCAUCACAGGAUCUGGCUUCAACAAAUAGCACAGAGAACUCAGUGCAUGGCACAGACUACCAGUCCUCUACCUCUGCCCAGAAUCCAUCAUUAUUAUCUCCUCUCUUGUCCCCAAAUCAACACUCUCAUCAUGACUCAGCAAAUCAUUUCAAUUCACCUCUCCUUCCCCUGAACUUACAACCUCCCUCAGAGGUCCGUCUGAGUGUCCCACGCAGCCCACAGCACCACCGCCACUGCAAGGCUUGCAUGUCUCUCCUCCUGGGGGAUAGGACAAAGGGAGGCCGAUCUCUGGAACACAUACAUAUGCCCUCUUUCUCCGUGUCCGCCCAGUUCAAUCCAGUCUCUAAGCCAGGCUCACCCCCGUCUCCUCAUCUGGCAAGGGGCACUCUAUCUCCUCUUUUAGCUUCACCCACUUCCCCAUCAUCAAACAUUCAGCCAACCCUGGUGACUUCACCUACACAUCUUUCCCCACCCUCACAAGUUAUGCUCCCACGGAGUGUGUAUGAAGGUGGAAAUCUCACUCUUCUCAACCACUGUCUACAUCACAUCGUCAGUCGCAGGACCAGUUCCCCCACUCUCUCUUCUAAUCAUCCAAUGCACAGCCACGGGGAGGUUGGGGGUACUACCUCCACAGUAGUUGAGCAUAUAGACAAGAGGAGGAGCCUUGAUGUCCCAUAUCUGGACAGGAAUCUGUAUAUACCACCAUAUGACAGUGAAGACAGACCAGAUUCACUGACAGUUUCUGCUCCGGCUACACCAGCCCCUAUUGUGCACCAGAGUAGACAGACAGCACAGAGCUUCCCAGCUGCAGCCCCUACUCCACAGUCACAGCUUACUGCCCAACCCAACCAGGAGCAGUGCCAUCUCCAAACAGCUGGUGUCCUGCCCCAGCUGUUAUCUGCUGACCAGCCUACAUCUCACCUGAGUCCUCCUGACAUACCUACCAGUUUCCCACAGUCAGUCUCCAGUGCUCCUCCCCCACUCCUGCCCCUGCAGAUCAGCACACAGUUUCCCUCACCAUAUCCCAUUUCUCAAACAGGGGGCAUAAAGCCCCCUCCCUUCCCUCUAGGUCCUCUGCCAUGUGCCUACAGCAGCAGUGGCCCUUCUUUGUCUAGCUCCCACUACUCACAUUCACCCCACCACCCCUCCCUUCCUUUGACCCCUCAUGCUGCCUUUCCCUCUAUAUCUACUCUUGGCACCCCUCAGACCCCUCUGUCCACACCUCAACACGUGCCCAGUUUGGCACUACCUAUUCCACUUCUUGCCAUGGCCAUGUCCCCUGCAGUGCCCCAGCAGCAGGGCGACCCUUUUACAUCUCAGACAAACCUUGGUAGCUUCCAUACCACCCGUCCCUUACCUCUCUCCCAGGUACAAAUCACCCCAUACCCCGCCCCCCACCCUGAGCAGGAACUGGCUGAGCAGCCUGUCCAGGUGCAGACAAUUGCUCCACAGGGGAAUUUGGGAGAUCUUCACCUUUUGGCUGCAGUCCACCCUGUCUUGCCUGCUGUUCAGACUACUCUCUGGGGAAGUGGAGCCGAUGCGGAAACUACUGCAGCUGGCCUAGACUUAACUGUAGCCCCUACAGUUGCAGCUCCAGUCCCAGCCCCAGCCUCAAUCCCAGUCUCAGCUACAAUCUCAGUCUCAGCUACAGCCCAAGUCGAAAGUCAAGCCCCAGCACAAACUCCAACUCUGGUUCCAGCACAAAAGCAGCCACCUGUCCCAGUAUCAGCUCAAGCUGCAGCCAUGCCUCAAACGCCAGCCUCAACCCUUGUAAAAGCCCCGACUUCAGUCCCAUUACAAGUUCCAAUGGCAGUGCAACCUUUAGCCUCAGCCCCAGUUCAAGCACCAGUCUCUGCGUCAGGUCCCACUUUUGAACCACCAAGAAGCUCAUCUACGAGCUCAGACAAUCUUGCAAGUGGUAAACCCAAACUCUCAGUUCCAGGUUUAGCCUCGACCCUAGUCCCUGCCACGCUGCCAUCCUCUGUUCAAUCUGCAGCCCCUGCUCAUACUCCAGCUCCUGUCGCAGUUUCAGUCCCAGCUCCAGUUCUGCAGCCUGCUGGCAUCCAGACAGCAGUCUCACUGUCUGAGUGUGCCAACCUGGCCACAACUCAGCAAAACCUCGAGUCAACAUCUGCAUCUAGCACCCUUCAACAAGAGCCCUCUGUAGAGGAUGUGCUUCAGGACAAACCCACAUCUUUACCCAGUUAUGCCUAUGACAGUCUCAACUCUGAUGUGGCGUCUGGUAAGGAAACAAGUGAUGGCUACGAGAGCCUGGCCAGCGGAGGGAAGGGGGACGGAAAACCCAGAAAACACCACCGCAAGUCUGCCCGCACACGUUCCCGGCAAGAAAAGACCAGCAAACCCAAACUGAGCAUGCUCAAUGUUUGCAAUACUGGUGAUAAAAUGGUGGAAUGCCAGCUGGAGACUCACAACCACAAAAUGGUGACAUUUAAAUUUGAUCUGGAUGGAGAUGCUCCAGAGGAAAUUGCUACUUACAUGGUAGAAAAUGGCUUUAUCCUGCUGUUAGAGAAAGAGAUCUUCAUUGACCAGCUAAAGGACAUUGUGGAUAAAGCUGAAGACAUGCUGAAUGAAGACAUGGAGGGUGAAAGGGCCUCCACCUUGAGUUGCAGUCCUCAACAAGGCCAUAUUUCUGAAGGGCUGCUAGGAGAGAGUCAGCAGCCUGGAGCACCACAGCCCGUCUAUCAGCAGAAUGUUCUUCAUACAGGAAAGAGAUGGUUCAUAAUCUGCCCCGUAGAGGAGACGCCCACAUCUAGCCAGGAGACCCCAUCUGAUGGCACAACUACGCAGUCUCCUGGGAGCUCAGUCACUACCCAGCCUGCUGACAGUGGCACUGCAAGGCCAUCCAGAGAAGAGGGAUCAUCCUCCACAAUGUCUGGUGGAAGUGGAGGCUUCACAUACGAUGUGUAUGGAUUCUGUAGCCCUCCGAUAAUGUCCAACACAGACCCUCUCCUCUUGGCUACUCUGUCUCCCCCUGUGUCUGCUCCCCCGACCCUUCAGUCAGUGUCAUCAGCGGAGCCUGUCGGUGGCUCGGUGCAGCCCAGCGUUCACCAGGCUCAGCCAGCCAGAGCUCAAACUUUGCCCCCAUCAUCCCCACAUACGUCUUUCCCAGUUGAUGAGUCACAGGGAUCCCCUUUGGGCUCCAUCUCCCCGAUCCACGCAGCUCAGCAGAUGCCUGACAUGACAUGUCCCAUUUCUAUGGCUGACGAGGUGCCCUGUUGCCCUCUGGUCAUGCCCCUGUCUUUGGAUGUGAGCGGUUUACAGGGUGGAUCUCCUCUCACUCCUCUUCCACUCCAGGAGCCAGGUUCAGCCAAAGAGCCGUUGUCUAUCUCUUAUGCCUCUGCAGCACGGAGCGAGCGCCCACAGCAGCCUGUGGUACUCCACCAGCCUUUUUCUAGUGUGGGAGGGACCAAAGUGCCCUCACUACCCCAGAGCCCAGCACCAUCCCAGCAUGGUGCAGGGCCUGGGGAGUCAGAUGGUGAAGGACGGCUGGGCCGUGGGGGCUUUGUGGACAGCACCAUAAAAACACUGGAUGAGAAACUAAGGAACUUGCUCUACCAAGAAUAUGCUCCCAUGUAUCCAUCAGGCAGUGCUGCAGAGACACCAGGCUCUUGCACCGAGUACAUCCAGUCUCCUCCUGGUCCAGACAGUGCCACAGGAGGGUCAGGAAACAGCACACCAGGGCCAAUGGGGGAGGGACGGUACAGGGCAGGAGAACAACUUCCUCAAAUUCCAGAGAGAAUGGAUAGUUUGAGCACACUGAGUGACUCAGCCGUGUGUGCCUCCUUGUCAAGAAGACACGUCCCUCACUCUGCAUCCUGCUCUGGAACAAAAGGCCGAUUUAAGAUAAUCUCUGUUCCUCCUGAGGUGGCUAACAGACGAGAUGUGAAGCAAAGGAGCUGGAGCAGCGCUGCCUCACCGGCACACCCUGUAGGAUACAGUUCAGAACAUGUUCAGGUUGAGGCCAUGACUGCCUCCACCACAAUUGGCCGUUUCUCCGUUGUUAGCACUGAAGAUGACAUUACACAGAGGACGCGUUGCAGUCGCUACUCUGCCCCGCCUGAUUUCUACCUGGACACACCUCCCUCCAUGGCCAAGCGGGGCUCCGUGCCUCAUGCCCUGACCUCGCCCUCUGUCCCUGUUGAUGUUACGAUCCAUGCUCGUUUCCUGUCCUCAGACUCCGGGGCUGAGAGCAGCCCUGCAAAACUGGCUCCCGCCACCCCAUCCCAACAUCCUCGCUCUGAGCGCAGAGGAAGUGACCUCAUGAAGAGGGCAGUGGCCUUCCUCCGCCGCUCAGGACGUAGCAGCAGUGUGCAGAGCUCUGACUCCCCAAGUAGGCAUGGAGGUGUGCACGGCUCAGCCUAUGCCAGCAGCGAUAAUGACUCAGAGAUGGAGGACUCAGACAUGAAGAGGGAACUACAGAGACUCAGGGAGAAACAUCUGAGGGAGAUCUCUGAGCUGCAGGCCAAUCAGCGGGGGGAAGUGGAGCUGCUGUAUCGGCGACUCGGUAAACCCCCUCCUACUGGCCUGGGUCUCUCACAUGUUACACCGCAUGCCGGCCGAAGAAAGAGGUCCAGCAAGCACAGACUGAAGCCUGGCAAACUUCUCAGCCCUCUGGUUCAACAGUUCAGAAAUGUCACAACCAAAAGUAGUGACUCCAGCCGAUCCAGUGCUGCUACAGGUACAGGUGAGCCCACAGUGAGUUUAAAUGGCUCUCCAGCCAAAGGGUCUUUCCCCACUCACGGUAGGGCACGGUCAUGCACCAGCCACCUCCCUAGCUCGACCUCAGAGCCUGUGCAGACUCAGCAGCCCUGUUCCCUCAAGGGCUCUUUGUCUUCUGAUAAUAUUUACGCUGGACUACAUGGAGAUGGCACCGGCACACAAGCUCCACCCGGACAAGGCUGGUCUAAUUACCCUCAAACAUCUGAGAGAGUGACCUAUAAAUCGAGUAGCAAGCCACGAGCUAGAUUUCUCAGUGGGCCUGUGUCUUUGUCUAUCUGGUCAACACUGAAGCGACUGUGUCUUGGCAAAGAGCGUGGCAGCAGGUCUGGUGCCGGGCCAGGGGCUUUCAAUCAAUCACAGCAGCAGCCUACCGGUGCCACACCACCUUCUCAUCAGCCAGUGAUAGGACUAGCCCAAGCUCAGGCCAAUAACAGCAACAACAAGACAGGCACAUACACUGGCACAUCCAUGAGUUUUAAUGAACACAACCUGCCUGAAGACUUGCAACGGCUGAUGGACGACUGGGCCCAAGAGGUUCUUAUUGUCACCCACAGGCCGCGCACUAACUCUCUGAGCAUCAGUGGGCAGCAGCUUUGGAAUCAGGUUGUGCCUCGAACACAUGGACAACUGACGAGUGCUUCAGAUGUAUCAUCGUGGACAACGCCAGGCCAAGAGGCCUGCAGCCUUCCCCUGUCGUGGCCUGACAGCCCUGGGUCAACAAUGAUGACCAGCCUCACCACAGGGCCCCAUCCCAGUUAUCAGCUACACUCUUCUGCUCAAGUCAGGGCCAUGUCCUCACCUGUCUCUGUUAACCAGGGGCCUGGGUUUCUCUUCCCCAUUACUUCAGGAGUCUUUGCCUUUCCUGCUGUGCGCUCAGCCCAGGACACCCCUAGCACCGCUCCAUCAUAUCAGCCGCCCAACCCCAAAGCCAGGACUCUCUAAUUUGAGUAGCAUUGUGUCUUCCAAUUCUGUUACCAAAAAGAAAUCUCAUGAUAGCUCGAGUCAGUCUUAUGUGCAUACACUGUAUAUAUUUAACCAGCAUGGAUUUAACCAUUUGUACAUACUUGUCUCCAUUUCUGAGUUUUAUGUUAUUUGUUUCAUUUGCAUCAACAUACCUCAUGUGCAUAUUGCAGUACAUAAUCCUCGAGUGCAGUGUAAUGGUAGUAGUACAUUAAAAUAUGUAUAAUUAGCCCAAUCAGGCUUAACAUUUUUGUCAUUGCUUAUGUAUGUACCUUACCACCCACUGAAUGUACAUAAUGUACUGUUCAUCCAUGCUGUCUUUAUAUAAAUAGUUCUUGUUUGUGUUGCUCAUAGCACCCCGAUAUAUAAGCUGCCGUGUGUAUAUAUGAAUUCUUGUUAGUCUGUACAUAGCUCCAGUGUUUGUACAGUUAACAUUAGAUAAUCCAUAGGUUGGUGCUGCAGAUAUGUGUCUUAAUGCAACACCUUAUUAGCCACCAUCAUGCCGUCACUGUGAAGACUUGACAUCCUGGUCACUAGGGCCGGUUGCUUUAUUCUGCUCUCUCAGUCCAAGGAUAGGUUUCAUUCUUCAUCGGUGAAAUGCUUCCAGCACAAGCGCUUGAAAUAUCCUUAAGAGAUUUGAAUGAACUUGAAUUUUAUCUUCAGGUGAAGAACACCUGUGAGAGUGCCUUGAAUUGCAGUUUCAAUUUUAUGAAGAAAAGCAUUUAGAUUCAAAGCAGACACUAGAUAUUCUAUAUACGCUUUCACCUUCAAAGGUAAAUUAUGUGAUUUGAGUAAUGGAUGUGGAUUGAAACAUAUUUAAUUUAACAACAAAACACAAUUAAACACUAUAAUCUGGUCAUGUUGCGAUUCACAAAAUAUCACAGAUUGUAAAAGAAAUCUUGUUCACUGAAGUUUUAUUGUGGGAUUGCUUUGCCACCUGCACCACCACCUGCAUGAAUACAUUGAUAUUCUGAAUGUGCACAGGUUGAUGUGGUGAUUUACAGGAGGAUAUUGUUAAGUAAAACUGGUACUGAAAACCAUACGACAAGGAGGGCUGAAGGACUCAACAUACGAGUCAAAAUCAUAAUCAUACCGUACCUCUACUAAUGCAAUCUGUAGCUUUACAUAUUGUUGCCUUUGUGGUUUUUAAGAGAUUACUGUGUGGUUGGUUGUUGUUUGAUAAAUGAUGAUGAUAUGAUGAUGUUAGAGGCACUUGAAGAAUGUGAAUUAUGUGAGAAGCCACCACUGUUUGACAUGUUAUUUGUACAAUGCUUAGGUUUUCUAAAUUGUGUUUAUUAUAUGCUGGCCUCACAAGAUCAUCUGGCUCAUACAGCUAAUUGUAUGUAUUAUGGCUAACUCAACUCUCCAGCAAAUAUUACACUAUCACGGUUUCAGUUAUUUCAAUAGUACGGCCUCAAAAACAUCACUCACUUUCAAUACUUCUCUUUUAUAACUUCUACAAUUCUCUCUGAGAAAUAGUUUGUGGAAAGCAUCAAUGAUUGUAUGUAUUCUGAAAAAACAAAGCUGUGGAAAAAUCUAUGUAGUCAAGAAGUAGGAUGAGUAUAAUGAGUCAGUUCUUCAAAACUGAGAGCGCUAUUAUCGACAAAUUGCUCACUGCAGUUUGCCCUGACUGAAGAAUGAACUUAACAGAACAGUUAUUUUGAUCUUUCCAUGGCCCCCCAGUUUCCCAAAUCAUAGGCCUGUCAAUUCUAACAUGCUUUUUACAGUAUUGCACUUUCAUACAGUUGGGUGACUUACAAGAGGCUGAUAAUAAAGGGAACAGUCAAACGUAUCUUGAUUUUCUGCUCCAGAAAAGCUGGAACCUACAUUUCCCAAAAUUCCAGAGCGACAGAAUUAUAGGACAUUAAACAUUAUAGGCUACAACAGUUUUCACAGGCUAAGUAGUGCAACUCGUGAUAAGUAAACUGAAUUUUAUGUGUAAAAUCGGUGAAGUGCCCCUUUCUAAAAUCCUUCCAUGUUUGCACAAUAUUUUGAUUUGAAAUGAAUAUCUGUCUUAAAGGCAGAAUUUCUUCCAUGAUGAUAUAUAGAUUUUUUUUUCUUGAGAUCAUCUCCUAUGCAGAUUUUUUCUUUGUGCUUUACACAGUAACUCCUGUCUUUGAUCUCUUUAAUGCUUGCAAUGAAAGCUAGGUGUAUGAUUGCUUUUGCUUGCUGUAUCACCUGUUUCCCCCGCCAUUUCCUGACCUCGUCCGAUGGGUACUCUUUCACAAAAGCUGUACAUACUUGAAGACAGAAAUAAUAAAUUCAUUUUUGCUUGACACCAUACAA